AUGACGUCCUCGUCCGCGAUGCGUGGAAGUUACUACCACGCAUCAGCGUAUACAACGACCUACACCGAACUGCCUCAGUACUACUCAGGCAACCAUCUAUCUAUUCACCAUCCUAACUCAUCGCAUCGAGACUCAUCAUACCCUCUAUCGGCUGCGGUUUUUUCACCUUCGCUCUCUGAGAGCAGCUACACUGGUCAUCCGGUCACGAAGGGAUAUGAGAUCGAAUACAAUACCGAUGUACAAAGCAAGUCAUGUUGUGCCUCGGAGGCUCAGAGUCGUCGAGGUGGGGAUGGUAUGCCAUACAAUAACUCCACUAUCAAGGGCGGGACACAGAAUAACUACACCGCUGAGAUUAGGCAGAACCUCGCUAUGCCAGGGUACAACAGUCCCGCAAAUGUGCCCGGCCAUUUCCGUACUCUCUCUGCGAAAUUUGCUACCCCAUGGUACACUCCGUAUCUUGACGCGUCUUUCGAAGAGUGCCAACCGACGGACUUUUCCUCGAACGGUUACUCAAGUAUUGGAAGUCAGUUUGAGCUUGAUGACAGCCAAAUUCUUGAGGGGAAUUUUUUCAUGGACCCCAUGUUCUCUCAGAAUCUAUCAAGCGAGGACCACUACUGCCCAAAUAGCAUCGCAGCUAGCCAGACAGUUUUCGAAAACCACCUUCUACCUCUCAUCCCGAGCCUGCCUACCAACAGACCUGUGCCUCCUGUAGACUUGAUUGCAAGAACUCAAAUGAGCGGUCCAUGCCGCGAUGUCUCCAUACCUAUCAUACACCCGGGUCGGGCCGUCCUGCCGUUUGAAUCAACCACACAGCUAGACCCUGCGACGAAAUACUCUUCGGCAGGCCUUAGUACCCCUUGGACCAUCUCACCAAGUGUCGCAUUCGCGGAGACAACUCACCUCCAUCAGCCAUCGGCUUUCAAUAAUCCAUGCUACAACGCCUCACUAAGAGCCGCGGGCUCUCACACGCCGCCUCAUAAUCCCGCCGCAUCAAUAGGCUAUCCUUGGGAUGUUACAUCUACAGAUUCAUCGCCAUGA